GCAGUGUCGAUUGUGUGCAAAGCACUUUGGGAUAAAGGGUGCUGGAGAAGAGUAAAACGUUAUGAUCUUUCUAAAUCUCAGGUUACAGGACUAUGAAGAAGCCUUUUAAAAAAUCCUAACGACAUUUUAAAUGUUUAUUUUAGGACUAAUCCAACUGCCUCCGCCUAUCAAAAUGCAGGGUCUUAAAAGUUUAACUCUCAAAAACACACCGAUUUCCUCCCACUGUAGAUAACUUGCCGGUAACACGUUUUAGCUGUCGAGGUGGCAUUUUUUGUGCCUGAAUCUAAACAUAUUUCAGUCACGUGAAAUGAAUGCAUUUUUAAAUUAGUUAAUUAACCACAGUAAUUGCUAAUUCUGAAAUGCACCCAUUUCCCCUGCCAGCGGCUGAAAUUUUGCACCCAGACUCCUGCAAGGGAUGACAGGGGGCUGUGUGUUCUCGCAGCCGUUUUGCACGAGGUUUUCAAACCGCCACCCGGCGCCGCUCUAAUCACACAGACCAUGAGUUCCUGUCCCUUUAAAUGCCUGAUGUCACCGGCUCCUAUCCAGAGCGGAAGCCCAGUCGCUGGGAAUCUCCCGCCUGCUGCAGUUGAGAAUCCUAGAGCCCUGGAGCAGCACGUGGAGCCGGGAGCACACGUGGAACAGCAGCAUGGAAGAUUCACAGUCAGGUAUGGACCUAAGUAAUUCUCAGGAACAGUCAGUGGCUACAGAAGGACAGGACAUUUUGAAAGACUGUAAUGUGAACAAAUUCCAGGAGAUGGAAAACAUGGAUAGUAGGGAAGAUAUGAAAGAGCACAGUCAACCUCAUGAAGAAACAGGAGAUGACUUGGUCAAAGUGAAGGGUGAAUACAAUGAAAGAGAAGAGAGUGCUUUGAAUUCAGAGUCUAUGGAAAAUACAGAAGAAUCUGAAAUACCUUACAGCUAUCCAAGAGAAUAUAAUGAAUAUGAGAGCAUUAAACUGGAGAGACAUUCUGGUUCAUAUGACAACAUCAGGCCAACUAGUGGAAAGAUGAACUGCGAUGUCUGUGGAUUAGCCUGCAUUAGUCUCAAUGUCUUGAUGGUUCAUAAGCGUAGCCACACUGGUGAACGGCCAUUCCAGUGUAAUCAGUGCGGAGCGUCCUUUACUCAGAAGGGUAACCUCCUCCGCCACGUUAAACUACAUACAGGGGAAAAACCUUUUAAAUGUCAUCUUUGCAGCUAUGCCUGCCAAAGGAGAGAUGCACUAACAGGUCACUUAAGGACACAUUCUGUGGAGAAGCCCUACAAAUGUGAGUUUUGUGGAAGGAGUUACAAGCAGAGAAGCUCAUUAGAGGAGCAUAAAGAGCGAUGUCGUACUUACUUGCAGAGCACUGGCAUGUGUGAGGCUGCAAGCGUGGAGGCAAGGCACAUCAAAGCAGAGAUGGGGACUGAAAGAGCACUUGUGCUGGACAGGUUAGCGAGCAACGUGGCAAAACGAAAAAGUUCAAUGCCUCAGAAAUUUAUUGGUGAGAAGCGACAUAGCUUUGACAUUAAUUACAAUUCCAGUUUCUUGUAUGAAAAGGAAAGCGAAAUGAUGCAAGGACGUAUGAUGGACCAGGCCAUAAAUAAUGCGAUCAGCUAUCUUGGAGCAGAAGCACUGCGUCCCCUUGUACAAACCCCACCAGCUCCCACUUCUGAGAUGGUCCCUGUCAUCAGCAGCUUGUAUCCCAUACCACUGACCCGCUCUGAAAUGUCAAAUGGCAAUCCACAAGACACAGAGAAGAGCCAUGCCCACCUUAGAGACAAAAGUUUGUCUUCUGACAGAGGCCUUUCCCCAAACAACAGCGGCCAAGACUCCACAGAUACUGAUAGCAACCAUGAGGAGCGCCAGAGUCACACCUACCAUCAAAACCAAAUGAUCCCCUCCCAGGUCCGCAAUGGCCUCCAAUCCUUGAAGGAGCUCCCAAGGCCAUAUGACAUAAUCAAGCCACCAACCAUAUGCCCACGUGAUGCCUUUAAGGUUAUCAAUAAGGAAGGUGACGUCAUCGGGGUCUACAGAUGUGACCAUUGUCGUGUCUUGUUUUUGGAUUAUGUGAUGUUCACCAUUCAUAUGGGAUGCCACGGAUUCCGUGAUCCUUUCGAAUGCAACAUGUGUGGGUACAGAAGCCAAGACAGAUAUGAGUUCUCCUCACAUAUAGCACGAGGAGAACACAGAGUGGUCCUGAAGUAAAAGGAUUGAUUUUCCAAGAGACCAAAGGAUCUGUUUUAGAUUUGUUUGUUUUUUAAAUUUGACUAAAAAAAUUGCUUAAAUAUUUUUUGUGCCAAUUCUAAAAAUGUUAGUGUCCCUUGUAGUAGCAAAGUACUGAUGGGGCUUUUUAUUUGUUACUCGAAAUGCAGUAUUCUGUAGCAUCUGUGCCUAGAUACUGCGGUGACUGGCACUAUAUAUAAAUACCAAAGACAGGCAGAUACAGAUUUUGUAUUAACUUUAUUUUUGUGAAAAUUAAUAACAACUUAAGAUAUGUUUUCAAAUAUUUUAACAUGUAUUUUUGUUAGAACAUUUGCUUCCGGUAAUAGCAAAACGGCAAUCUAGCUGUAUUCUGAGUGAAAUAGAAAGUCAAAUAUUGAUGUAAUAAUUCUCAUAAAAAAGUUGAAAUUCAGCACAAAAGAUUGUCUAUCCUUACUGCCCUUUCAGAACCACUGUAUUCCAGCCAGUAACACACAAGAGACACUUUCUGUUAGUGUUUCAAUUCCUGAGGUAUUCCUAAAAUGGCCAAAUUAUUGAAACAGGGAAAACACAUAUCUGGGGAGAUCGUAUCAAAUAACUUUUAAAUAUUUCCCCCAAAGUCUUAAAGAGUGUGUUGUCUCACCACACUUUGCUUUUGCUUACCCCACUCUGUUCACUUUCUUUAAAGUCUCUCCCCACUCACCUCUUACUCAGUAAUACCAAAAUAAGCCAUCUGAGCUAUUUGAGGUUUUAGUUUUUUUAACUGGGUAUACCCAUUGAGUUUUUUUAACUGGGUAUACCCUUUUGGGAUACCCAUUGAGAUCCUUUGUUGGCUUGCCCCUAAAUUCUGGAGGAAAUCCUGCUUUUCAUUGAUGGAUCAAGUAUGUGUCUUUCUAACAGAACAAAAUUGCAAUGAGACUUAGACCCAAUUCUGCUCCCAUUGACAUCAAUAUCAAAACUCACACUGACUUCACCUGGUGUAGGAGCAGUCUCUAAAAUAGCAAUGGGCAGCCAAAAUGCUCAUUAAGGCAAAUGGGAUUUUUGCUUAUCUAAGGGCUGCAGGAUUGGGCAGUAUGAGGUUACUGUAACUCAGGGAGAGAACAGAGAAGAUAACAUCUAGAACAAAUAUCAUGAAAACUUUUUGAUUUAGAAAGCAAUUUUUGAUGAAAGUGUACUGGAUGUGAAAAUAAAGGUCCCAAGUCUCCUCUCACUUGUGUUACACCCGUGUGAGAGGAAAGCUAGGCUCAAAAUGUAUUGGAUCAGAUGCUACCCUCAUUUACACCCAUGUAACCUCACUGAUGGCCAUGCGGUUGCAUAGAUGAGCAUAGAAUUUGACUCAAUAUAUUUCGGAUUUAGCGUUGCCAAGUAGAAUCAUAGUGUCCUGGUAGAUAAUAGCAGUAGCUACCGUGAGAAUCUUCAUGUAAGAAUGUGUGGGAGCGGACAAUUCAAUCACACUUUCUGGUUUUACAUGGGGAUAUCCCUUGGAGUGAAAUGUGCUGUUUUGCAAAAUGAGUAUUUACGAUUACUUUGAAGACAGUUUUUAAAAUAGUUCUUUUAAUCUAAUCAUUGUUCUGCAGCUGUAUUAUUAGUCACUGUACUGAAGAUGUGAAUAUGAUAAUAAUUUUGCUGAGUGUAUGUUUAUUUUUUUAAAAUCUUUUAUAUAAUGUAGAGUUAGAUGUGUUUUGCUGGAUUUUUUCAUCCAGUGAGUAUUUGGUCUGAGCACUUAUUUUGUACUUUUUCAGUGUUGUGUCAACUGCUGUGUAAUGUGUUUCACUUUUUUCCAUGAAGCAAAAGUGGGAGCUAGUGUUCUGAAUAGAAGACUGAGUGUCAAGAAAUAGGGAAUUCUAAUUCUGCCGCUGACACUGGCUCCUUCUGUGAUCUUGGACAAAUCACUUCACCUCUCCCUGACUUAUUUCCCUCGUGUAAAAAGCGGAUGAUAAUAUUUUCUCUGCCUGAUAGGGGUAUGUGUGAAGAUUAAUAAAAUUAAUGUUUGUAAAAUGCUAUGAAGUUGAAAAGUACUAUAUAAGUGCUAUAUUUUUUGUGCAGAGUGGGGAAGAUAUUUUUGUCCAUUUGUGUUCAAUUUGUAGAUACAUAGUUGUAAAAUACUUCUAUGAAUACCUUUGUGGUAGAAAACUUCUUACUGCCAGGGACAUUUUUAGUGAGCUGGGUGGAUGCCCCUCCUACCCCCAAAAAACACCCGUGCCACAGCACUACUACAAAACCCUUCAGUUGAGUUACUCCUGACUUACAAGAAGAUCUGUAAAAUGAGAUAGAGGAUGUUAGGUUCAUGCUCAGUAUAUUUGGAAAUACUUUGGAGUGGGUCUCUUACAACAGGAGAUUGCCUAAAAAGGGUGGGGCAGAAACAUACUGUAUUCUUCUUUAUUUCCUGUCCCAAAUUACUGUGAGCUGAUAAAUGGUUUCUACAUUUCUUUCCAAAGAUGGCUAUAUUUUCAUGGUGAAAAUGAUCAAUAUAUAUGUACACCGUAGAAAAAAUGUUUCUCAUUAGGGUUAAACAAAAUAAUUUAGAAAGAUGAAUAAGAAAAAGUACAAAUAAGUGAAGUGUUACCUAGUCAUUAGCACAGGAAACACCUUGAAUUACUGCAUGUAUAUUACAUCAAAUACCACUAGCUUCUUUCUCACGCCACCAUAGAAUCCUUGAAGAUUACUUUGCCCAGAAUUUACUCUCCCACUCUUCACUUAUUGUUCAGAUAGGCAGGGCUUCAGCCACCUACCCACCCAUUAUUUCCCAGAUAAAGUGAGCAAUCAACCACUGAGCCUGUGAAAAGUUCAGUUUGAGCUACAUUGACAGUUUUUUGAAAGAGAAGUUUCACAGAGUCUGCCCCUAGUAGGCAGACUUUUCCCACCACUACUCAGGCAAAGAAGUGUUGUUAAGAUAUACUGCACCAAAAGAAAUUGUUCAUAGCCAUUUUUUGGGCCCAAUGAGCAGUGUAUUUUAAUGAGUACCUUUUAUCUGACGUAAAUCCUCAUUAACUUCAUGAGUGUGUGUUUGGGACUACUCCCACUUGGGCUCAGGACUGCGUUAAUCACAUAUUGGCACUGAAGCUGGAGAAGUACAUAAGGCCUACUCCUGCAAGGUGCUGAGCACCGCUGCUUUCCAUUUAAAUCAGGAUUUGCCCCCUAAUUGGCAUAAAAUUGAGCAGAUUGAAGCUUACCUCAUCUUUAAUAUGGAGGGGUAGCUCACAGAUACUAAAGAUCCCAUCUUGCAAUGCUCCAUCUUGAUCUCAGCAACCUUCCACUAGAUCAAAAGGAAAGAUUGCAUGGUGAAGCGAGUAGUCUGUUUUGGCCAUGUCUGUUUAUCAGAAAGAAGGUGGAUCACAUCGCUGGAUACUGAGAGUCACAUUUAGCUUGCAAGAUAUAUUUUGCCAACCCCUGCUGCAAAGAGUUCAAACGCCAGGGUUGAAAAACCUAUUGAUGACUUUGCAAAAUUACCUGAACUGCAAAAUGAAAAACCUUUGCAAACUGUUGCUAGACUAAUUUGUUCUACUGGCCUAUUUUAACACUGCUGGUUCAGUUGAUUUCAGUAUGAAAACACAUUUUGCAUAGACAUUUUUCUGAAAUGCAGUCUGAUCAACAGUUUUCUUUCUCGGUCAAUUCUUUGUUGUACUAACUGAUAAAUUGCACACAUACAAAACAUUGAUAUGGUUUUUGAAAUUGUAUUGUCAUUAAGGAAUAAAUGUUAUUUUUUUGUUUAA